AUGUUUUCGCUGAAUUGGACCGCGGUCUGUAAACAAUGUCAAGUUCCUGCUCUCGGUGUCGUUUUCACUGGGGCGUUCUGUGUGUGUUCCCUUAUCUCUUCUGAUGUCGGGCCGUCUCGUCUCCUACGCAGUGGUUUUGCUGUCCUACGCUUCAGACUUCCAUCGCUUUCCCAUCCGGGGCCAUCCACUGGCCCCUACCGGGCAAUGGUCGGAUUUUCCCCGUUGAACAAAGGCGCUAUUGUGAUAAAGAAGAGAGGUGCUGCGGAAUAG